AUGAUGGGUUUUUUAUGGGUGAUUUUGUUUUCGGCCUCAACGGGCCUGCAUUUAAUACUAGGGUUACCUUUGAGGCCAACGCCGCAACUCUACCCUCACGAUCCAAAUGAAGCAGCAGUCUUUCAUGGAUGGGGCCCACAAGGGCUGUAUGCGCUACCAGCGCUGGCGCUGGUGCUCACCGCUGUUGGACUUCUGUUUGGAUGUACCUGGUGUUAUAGGCAUAAAGAUUGCAAGCUGUUCGCGGCGGGCGCGGGCCACCUGCACGAUGCGCGGCGCCCCCAGCCCGACUCGGGCUUCGCGGAGCCGGCCAACAACAACGUCGGCGAGGACAACAACAACGGGCCGAUAUCGAUGCGCGAGAUGCAGAACAUCGAGAACAACAACGCGGCCGCGUACAUCGUCAGCGAGAACGAGGAGCGGAACCGCAUGAGCCGCGAGUCGGUCGUCGAGUUCGAGCCGCUGCCGCUGGGGCUGCGAGUCGCCGACCCGCUCGAGAGAUGCGCCGACUGGUUCGGCGGGGAAGACUUGCCAAGGAAUCGACUCCAAUAUCUACGCGAAAUCGGAAGGGGAUGGUUUGGAAGGGUGGUCGAGGGAGAACUGGACGUCGGCGCCAACCCGACGGUGGCGGUGAAGAUCCUCAACCAGAACGCGAGUCUUGAGGACAAGGCGCGGUUCCUGGACGAGGCCAGGGUGUACAGGGACUCGAGGCACGAGAACAUCCUCGCGUUCGUCGCCAAGUGUCUCCAGGAGGACCCCUGGAUGCUGCUCUUCGAGCUGUGCCCGAUGGAUUUGCAGCAGUACCUGAUAGUGAAUCGGCCCAAGAUGGCGACGCUCAACGAGAGCGGCGUGCCUCUGCAGCUGAUGUGUGACGUCACGUCCGCAUUGGCGUACUUACACGCGCGCGGUCACUUGUACGGCGCCCUCUGGAGCGGCGGCGUGCUGGUGCGGGGCGGCGCGGAGACUGCGCGCGCCGUGCUCGGCCGCUACUGCGCGCCGGAGCCCCAGCACGAGUGCCGCGCGCCGGAGGCGAGGCGCCGCCCCGCCGCUCGCACGACUAACAGUGAAGUAUGGUCUCUGGGUACCUUGAUUUGGGAGAUUUGUGCAUGGGGCGCGCCGCCACCGACACCGCCGCCGCCUCUGCCCGAUCUCCCUUGCCCAUACAGAACACACCUAUACCAAGUGAUGCAGCUGUGCUGGAACCCAAACCCGGACGGUCGGCCUUCCGCGCAGCAGGUGCACGCGCUCCUCAACCACCUGCACAGCAGCCACGUGCACAGCGAGAGCGCCCAAGACGACGGAUACGGGAGCAGCGACUUCGAGGGGCGAUGGCAACGGCUCAAGCCCAACACGAUACCGAAGAUAGACGAGCACGUCGCCAUAGUACACGCCCCCUCCACCUCCGUCUCCUCCCACUUCACCGGCUCCGACCAGGACCUGGACAACGCGCCGACGACACAGGACACGCUCAGCGUGGAUUUGGACACGGCCGUCUCCCGCUCCAGCAGCAUAAUGUCCGACAGGGACCCGCUAGCCGUACAAAUCAAGUCCGACAGCCUGACCAAUCUCCACGGCUCGCUGGAGGACGUGAGGAACAUCUAUCUCACGCACAACGAGACCGCCGCGAUCGAGUGCCACCAAGGGAAUGUGGGCCUUGACGACUGCAAGGACAAGGACCAAGAUCGCUCGGACAGCUCGAUGGACCCCUGGCUGAGGGACAUAAUCGCCGGCAGCCAAGACGACGUGAGCUACUUCAAGGACGUGAGCGACGUCAUUAAGAACCUCGACAAUAUAUUGAACUCGGAGAAGACGUCGAGCUCCGAGUCCAGCCACCAGGCGAGCCCCUCGAGGGAUAAUCUAAGCCUGGAGUGCAAGAAGGAGUGUCCGGUACAGAAAAGCAUGGUCAAGUCGCCCGGUAUUAGCAACUUCCAGAAUAUUCUGGAGGUGGGCUUCGAUUCGGACGCCCAGCAAAGCGAGGCUUACGUGGACGAUGACGUAGAUCGAGAUACCAUCGGCACGUUGAGCCACUCGUUUGAACGCCACAGCGACUCGAUUAGUCAACAUACCCUCGAAAACUUAACGCCCGAAACGCCAAUCAAAGAUUUAGAUAUUGUUACGAGAAUUGAAUAUCACCCCGAAACUGUGGACGCGAACAAUACAAAGCGAGAUUUUGUUCUGUGUGACACAGAAGAACAUAGUGAAUUGCCAAAAGAUAAUAAAGUAUAUGAUAGUUUAAGUAACAUACCCAUGUUAAAGGAAUUAUGUGUAGCCUCAAUGUCUAGUUUAAGUGAAACUCUUAUUCAACAACUGAAUGUGAGAGAAGACUGUCAUACACCAUGUGAUAAUAAGUUAACUGAUGUAAGAAUUGAUAUUAAUGACGUUGGAACUAAGUCAGUAGAUGAUAUUGCAACGUUUGUCGAAAGUGAGGAAAUAUCAAACACCGAUUCUGAGACUUUAGCAAUAAUCAGCGAAAUGGGAUCGAAACUGGAUAUAGACAGUGAGAUGGAAAAGGAAAAAAUCGAUGAACAAAUCUUGCCAGAAUCGGAACCAGAAUUAGCUACUAUAUCAGAUAAAGACAAUAUUAUGUAUCUAGUCACUAAUAAUAUUUGUAAGGAGAGAAAAGAAAAUAGUGUGGAAUGUAUAAGUAAUGGAAUUGAGAACUUUGAUUUUUCAGGCGGAAAGGACAUAAAAGAUGAUGUUACCGUAGGCACACCUUUAUCAACUGUUGAUUAUAGUGUGAAAUGUGAAAAUGUCGGCAUAGAAGAAAUUCAAGAAUCUGAAAGUUUACAUACAUCACAUGAUACAAAAGAGCCACCUGUAACAGUACAAAAUUUAGUUCAUAGCACUAACACAAAUAAUGAUAUCAUUACCCCUGAAAGCUUAGAUCAAAUUGAAGAGUUAAAAUAUGAAAAUGUUUCAACCGAACAGACUAUCUCACCUGGAACAGUACAAAAUAAUAGAGAAAUUUUGCUUGACCAUGAUGAUGCGCAGGGGGAAAAUGUAGUAAAUGACUUUAAUGAAACUAUUGAUAUUACAAAACACAGAUCUGAUAAUGAUGAAAAAACAGUCGAAGAUGUGACACAAGUAUCCACAGGCGACUCCACUAUGUAUAUGGAUCUCAUUAAUGAUACAAAUAACGAGAACUAUAAGACUAAUGUAUUGAAUGUAUCUUACUUCGAAUCAACCGAAGGGGGUAACGAUACUUGUGAUGUGGACGCUCUGCUCAAGAGCGAGUCCACUGUAUAUUUAGAUCUGCCUAGCGUUAUAAAAGAAACGGACAGUUUUCUCCAAUCGGAGCGAGUUUUCAACAAUCAGACGGCCGAUUUCCAAGAUGUUUGCGCUAGCACGCCUAAGGGCAGCGACAGUUCCAUCGAGAACACUCUAGAAACCUCCGCGAUCCAGAACGAGUACGAUUUACUAUCGAACACCAAAGUCCCCGCGAGCGACGCGGGCGUGACGCUAACAAAGCUGGAGCAAAAGUGCGUCCCGGACAACCUGAGCCCGCCGGAAUCGCCCACGAAGAGCCACCACACGGACACGUACGAGGAGAACAGCUCCGUGGUGCUGGGACCGUUCGAGAACUGCUCGCUGGAGCUGUUCAAGGCGGUGAAGUCGGAAGUCGUCGACCUGCCGAGGGAGGAGCUGCUCGCCUUCUCGUCGAACUUCAGCGAGAUGAACCUCGAGACGCCGUCGCCGUUGCGCGACGGCAACUUCCUGAACGAGGUGCCCGACAUCGAGAUGCAGUUCGACGACGUGUUCACCGCCGUCGACUCGAAGCCCGACAGCGGUGACGCGCACACCGACAACACCGACAACACCUACGACAGGUCCAACACGGAGAAGCGCGUGUCGCCUCUAACGCCGCCCAACUCGCCGGGCGUCUUCCUAGCCUCCACUUCGCAGCAGAAGUACUUGGUCGACAUCGAUCUCGACCAACCGUCGCCCGCCGCGCCCCCCACUCGUUCCCCCCUCAACGGCUCGCCGCCGCCCCAAGCGGAGUCCGGCCCCCUGCAGAAGGAGAUAGAUCUGAACCAAAUCGAGCUGCAGAUCACCACGAAGCUUGCGAUGGCCGAGAACGAGAACAACCUGAACAUAGAAUACGCCGGCCCGUUGGCCGUCGAGGGCUUCGCGAGCGAAGAUGGGCGGACGCGAGACAGCGACGCGAUACCGGAGUCCUAUUUGGCGGGCAGUGGGAGGACCCUGGAAGACCUGAGCGGGGACCUCGCUCUCGACGAGGAGUGCGUGAAGGCUCUAAGGAACGAGUUGGAGCUGAAGCUGCCGUUAGCACAGGUGGCGGCGAUAGAGCCGGCGGCCGAGGCCGAGUGGGGCACGGAGCUGCCGCCGCCGCCCGAGGUGGUGCUGAACUACCCCGGCGCCCUCAGCCCCAUCGCCGAGGAGACCGGCCAGCAGCUCUCCGCCUACGAGAACGACGCCCAGUGGAACGCGUCGACGCGCACCGACUCAUCGGAGAGCUACCCGGAGCCGUGCAACAACUCGGCCGACGAGGUGACCGACCUGCCCACGGGUCAGCAGAGCGCCGCCCCCGACCGCUCCACGUACACCGUCCAGUCUAGGGAGGCCUCCCCCGACCGCACCUACACCGUGCACAAGGACGUCGGCAGCAGCAAAGAAAUCACCAUGAGCGUCGACAGCCUAAACGGCAGCCCAUUGAGAAAGCUGCAUGACCAAACGCUUUCGCCGAUCGACGACAGAACGUACAACAAGAACGAAAGGGAAGAGGAGAAGCUGUCGAACUGCGAGCGGCUGUCUCAAGUGUCGCCGUACCUCCUCAGCCCGACGACCGACACUUCGGCGCCCGACAACUCCGACAACGUGGCCGGUUGCUCGACGCUCUCCAAGCCCACUUUACCCACCGACGCGAAAUCCUCGAAGCCCUCGGAGACCCAGUGCCUGUCGAAGGCGACCAGCAUCGACUCGUGGUGCUCGAACGACACGCUGUACAACGUCGAGGAGAACUUCGACGACCUGGCGCUGGAGCCCGACGUCCUUAUGGACCUCGAGCCGGACCUCGAGCCGGCCGGGGGCGAGAAGAGCGAGAGCACCGACACGCUGACGCACGACGAGAAGGAACUGAGCCACUGCACCACCUACAUCAUACACGACAGCAAGUCCGAGGCGUGCGAAACCUUCUCGCCGGACUCCAUCACCGGCAACGACAACAACACGUACACGAAACCGAAGACCGAAUUGGCGGGCGCGACCCCCUCGGCGAUGACCAAGUCCGAUCUGAACGAUUCGACGAAGAACACGCAAACGAGAGACCUCGCCUACGGCACGCUCAUGUCGGGGCUGCCCUCCUACUCGAACUGCACAACGGAUCUCCUUUCUACCGCCGACGAAGCUUGGAAAAUGCAACAGCCCGAGCUAGUGAGGAGAUCGCCCCUGGGCGACGAUUUCAACUUCACGCCUCCGAAGCAGCCGACGGAAAAGGACUGCACCGAAACCAGCAGCCCGAAGACGGUGGAGCCGAGCGUUCACAGAAUGGACAGCGUGGAAGUCACCUGCCUGAAAGACAAUUCCGACAGCGAGAAUAGGUCCGAAACAGAGAGCCAGGGGAUUCUGGUCGAGAUAAACGACAGCCAGGACUACCACUACAGGAACAUGGCGCAUUCCGUGACGAGCACUCCGUUAACGGAGCCAGUGGGGGAGGACAACGCCGAAGCGAUACCGAUCCAACUGCCGCAGAUAACAACGGACAGCGGCGAAUAUCUGUCGAGUAACUUGCCGAACUUUCAAACGUUCCUCCAGUCGGCCGAGAUCCGACCGCAAGACUUGUCGACGGGCGCGAGCAACGACGGGGCUAAUUCCAACCAGGACUCUGAGAUAUUGCUUGAUGGCGAGAGCAAGAGCCUAAGCAGGAACAGCAAGGAUAGCCUCGCCGUCUGCGACCGGACUCCCACUUACUCGGACUUCGAGAACUCUGCGUCCAUGAAGCCCCAGGAGAUGCAUUCGAGGGACAAAUCCGGGAGCCUCGAGGCGGUCGCCAACUCGCAGGACUUCCAGAACUUCGAAAACUCUGCCCGGAACCGCCCCCAGGACUUGUCGUCUCUCAUCGACGCCAGUUCCUUACUACUGAAGAGCGAGAGGCAAUCGAGCGAACUAGCUUUGGAGUCCACGAGCAUACCGGACCAAACAAACCGUUCAGGAAACUCUGUGAACAAUCUUGAUACUCAAUCAUUGAUAAUAAGUCCGCCUAAAACAGUUUUUAUAAACGAAUCUCAUGUUACGGAUAUUAAUAGGCCUAUAGAUAUAUUUACAACUGACCUAGAUAUGGAAGAGGAAACCGAGCAGCCGCAUUCAAUAAUAAUCACCGAAAGCCCAAUGUUAAUGAAUAAAGCGAGUCCAGUUGCAAACAAAACGUUCGACUCUCACGCAGAAAACACGACAUACGACUCGCAUGCGGGAAUGUUUCAAAUUUUAAACAAAGAACAGAGUAGAACGGCAGACGAACAGAAUAUAGAAGAAGCGGAGACAUCUAAAGUAAAUGGUGUCGUUAACGAAAUGGUAACAGAACGGCUACAGUCGCAGAAACCAAACGAUACUAGUGACGAAAUCAGUGUUAACGAUACGAAAGUCUGUUAUUCUCAUAAUGAUCAACCAAAAAUUGAAUCUCAUACGCCAGAGGUAAAAGUCGCAAGAGACAUUAACGAUAUAAAGUGCAACGGAGAUAGUGAGAAGUACGCGACAGUUAGCUUUCUCAAUGAAUCGUUCGAAGAGCUAUUAGAGAGUAACGUUGACGAUAACGAUAGCAGAGACUUCGACGCUGAUUUGGUUAGCAAAGAACAGAAAAGUAACGAUAGCAACGAAAGAGAUGGCAGUAUCGCGAAAGAGAAAGUGUCCGAGUCAUCUGAAGAACAUGAGGUAGAAAACAUUUACGAGAACUUGAGGCACGUCGAUGCUGUAACGAACGGUGUUACGGAAGCGGAGGACGAAAAGUUGACGUCGGUAACGGAGGAUUUUUUACAGAACGAGAAGAAGUUCUGUGAGUUAGACUCGUAUUUUCCUCUGCUGAGUGAUAUUAGAUUCACUGGUCCAGGAACAGAAAUUAUGAGUACGUCUUUCAACCAAGACACACCUACGGAGCCGAUCUCGCCCGAGUGCGAGCAGGACAGCAAACCGGACACGGCAGCGGACUUACUGAAAGAGUGGGACAGCGAUAGUGACUCUCACUCUACAAACUCUUCCAGUGGGGAGUUCAUAUGGAAGGGCGGCGACGGCCGGGUCGCCUCCGUCGUGCCGUCGACGCGCUUCGAGCACCAACGCGAGGGCCCCUCCCAAACGCAGCGGGGGGGCGGCGAGCUGUCCGGCUCCGGCGGGAACGCGUCCUCCGGCUCGGAGGGCUCCGAGAGUGACGAGGUGGAGUUCGUGCCCUCGUCGUGGGACUGCCGCGCGGCGCCGGCCAAGUCCUCGCUGCGCAGCCUCGAGCAAGCGCCGCCGGACAGCAAGAAGCGCGUCGUGUUCAAGCGGCAGAAGUACCACUGCGUGUACGAGUACCCGCGCGAGGCGGCCGACGCGGACGCCGAGUCGCCGGCCUACCUGCCCGACUACUCCACAUACUCUGAGUGGGACCCUACGAGUGCGGAGGACGCGGAACUGGGCUACGGGCAGCUGUUCGGCGCGCCGAGCCCCCUCGAAAUGUUCCCGCUGCGUGCUGGUAUCGCCUUCGCUGCAGAUUACGACGAGGAUUUCUUCAUAUCGUCGUCGGCUCGCCCGUUCGAGAGUUUAGGCGUGAUGUCCACCACCAGCCAGUUCUUCCCCGGGAUGCACGUCAAGCCCUCCCUGCUGGAGAGGGACAUCGAAGAGCUGGAGGACUUUCCGCCGCCGCCGUCGCCCUCGCCGCCGGCCGCGUUGGCGCAGACCAGGACGCCCUCCCUGGACCUUACCACGCCGGACUCGGGCGUCGAGGACAUCACCCCCGGCUCGACCAGCACCGAAGACGACUUCAAGGCGAAGAAGGCGACGGACGGCGACGCCUGCUGGCGGCCCGUCGACAGCGCCAGCUCCAGCGAGUCCGUGAGCCCCAGCUCGCCGGGGGGCGAAGCCCUAGGCGGCCUCAGGCACACGCGCGACAAGCUCAAGCUGGACCUGCCGCCCAGCCCGCAUAUACCCUCCCCGCGCCACAACAGGGUGUUCAACUUUGUACUGGACAAGCCGAAGAGGCGCGGCCAGGAGGAGCGGACGGAGUCGGGCGCCACGCCGCUGGUGAUGACCGACGAGACGCCGAUCAUCACCACCGCGCUGCCGUUAACGAGGGAGUCCGAUGACGUCGUCCCCGAGCCGACGUUCUCGACGUUCGGCAAGUGCUCCGCCAAGAGCUCGGAACCCGAACAGAAGGCGAUGAUACUGACGGACGACGUUCAAGAGCCCGAGACGAAAGAGGAGGGCUCGAGCCAAAAGGUUGAGGCUGUGAAAGGAGAGGGAACUGUCCUGGACAGCGGCGACGAGGACUCUGGCAUUGAGAGUAGUUCGAAGGCCACCCUUGAGAGGAACAAAACCACCCCAAACAUCUCC